AAUCUUAUGUAAAUCUUAAAGCAAAAUUUUCACAACUCAUGAUAAUGACUUAUUAACAAAUGUAAUUAAGAAAUGAAAAGAUCUUUUUUGUAAAUUUUUGUAAAAGUUAUCUUUCAUUUUUACAUUUGUUUUUACAUUUUGGUUUAAACAUUUCUUUCGCGAAAAUAGAAAUAGGAAUAAACAAAAUUAAAAUUAAUCAAUUUUUAAUUUUAUCUUCAAGUUUCUUUCUUAUUUCUUGUAUUUAUAUGUAGCUUCAAUUAGAGAAUUAAACGAGAAAAGCAUAAUACGACGAGAUAAAAUUCAGGCAAAAAGCUUGAAAUAAACGAAACAUAGUCCCAUCGAUUUUCUCAAUUAUAUUGUUCUGUUUAUUUUUGCAUUCAGCUCUCGCAUCCCUUUUACAUUAACUCGUUCGUGAAAUUCGUCACCCUACCUACUGUCUAUGACGCAAACAUUUUCCAAACGUAUCCCGAUCCCUGUACUGCGGUUGGCUGGGGACGACACAUUCCUGGAUCCAAUGUACGUAGUUAACCGCAUCUAGUUAUUUACUGUCAUUCGCAAAAAUUGUUCCAUUGAUUGACGAGAAUAGAGACAAUCCUUUCGAGUUUGCGAUUGUAUAGGGCGUGGAAAAUGAAUGGCAUGGUGUUUUCAAUGUGGUACAGAUUACGUGAAAGAAUGCAGAGUAAACAGUAUACAGAUGGUAUAUGUAUAUAUGUACAGAGAGAGAGUUUAAAAUUGGAACGAAUUAAUCCUUUUUGAACACUAGAAAUAAUUAAUGAGAAAUAAUGUGCAGUGAAGAAAUAAGCAGUGUAAAGAAUAUAAGAAAGAUGUAUAAAGGAACGGGUACUUAUCUUCGUCAUGUCCAUCUUCCGUUAAUACCGCACGAAAAGUGUCCCGUUGAAGGAGUACAUCCUAAGUUUCACUUAUGUGCAGGUGUGCUAAAAGGUGGAAAAGAUGCAUGUCAAGGUGAUAGUGGUGGUCCAUUAUUAUGCAAAGGAGUGCAAAUUGGUAUAAUAUCAUGGGGUAAAGGUUGUGCUCGUCCUAAUUCACCUGGUGUAUAUUGUCGAUUAGAUUUAUACUUAGAUUGGAUAAAUUCAACUAUAAAAAGAAAUAGUGCAUAUCAAAUUGCUUCUAACAUUAGUUGUAUAUUCGUUUUAAUAAUGCUUUUUAUAUUGUAAGAUAGAUGAUUGAAUAUAAAAUAAACUAUAUAAACAAUAAAA